GACAACACUGGAAAUAAUCAGCUGUUUGCAACGCGCAAGUAGAAAUUCUGCUGUUGAAAAGAUUUAAAUUAACAAAAAACUUAGCAAAACAGCCAUGGCGGAUGAUGCAGAAGAACCGGCCAAGAGCUUUGUCAUAUUUGGGCGCGAUGUUUCUCAGAUUCCAUGCUUUCGUAACAGUUUUCUUUAUGGCAUAAGCGGCGGGAUAGGCGUCGGUGUGUUGGCGUUCCUAGGCUCCUCCCGCCCACAUCUCUCCACACAUAUCGGCUUUGGUUCGUUUUUCUGUGGGACGAUUGUCUACUGGAUGGCCUGCAGAUAUCAUUGGUCAACGCGACGUUUUGAGCAACAGCAACUGCAAGAGGCAAUGCGUCGCCAGGCGUUGUAUGAGGGCACAAAAGUUGAACGCGAAUUGGAUCUAAAGUCUGCGUAGCACUCUUCUGAAAUCUAGAUAAAUGCAUAGGUCAUUGAACUGUGCAAAUAAUGAGAUGCUUAGUAGCUAUUCAAAUAAUCAGCACAGUAUAUAAUAUGAACAUAUGUAAAAAUAUGCAAAAUUUGAUAAGAUUAACGUUUUAGAUGUAUGUAUUUGUAUAUGCCAAAUGUACUUGACACCUUUAUUUUAAUGCUUAAGAUCAAUAUUAUGAACUACAACACCUUGCUCUAUAUAUACUAAA